UAUAUAUUCCGUAGAUUACUAGUAGUAUUCCACGGUUAAACGCCUUAGGCAGCAACGGAAGGAGCGCCACCUUGAGGUUAGUUUUCAUUCCUACUGCUUGCUUAGAGAUAAAGUCACCUCCGCAGUUGAGUCGCCGAAAUACCUUUUUUGCAACUCGCGUCCCCCUUUCCUGUUCAAUAGUCAUCAAAAUGAAUCGCCUCUUUGGAGCUAAGAGCAAUGCGCCCAAACCCACACUUGACGGCGCCAUCGCAAAUGUGGACAAUCGUGUUGCGAGCAUAGACGUGAAACUGGCAGCUCUCAACUCAGAACUGUCUACCUAUCAAUCAAAAAUCUCCAAGAUGCGCGAUGGACCGGGCAAAAAUGCCCUCCGACAAAAGGCGCUUAAGGUGCUGCAGCGACGGAAACAAUACGAAGCCCAACGGGAUCAGCUGUCCCAGCAAUCAUGGAAUAUGGAACAGGCUGGGAUGAUGCAGGACAACUUGAAGAAUGUGAUGACAACUGUGGAUGCAAUGAAGACGACUACCAAGACCCUUAAGAAGCAAUACGGCAAGAUCGAUGUGGACCAGAUUGAGCGGAUGCAGGAUGAGAUGGCCGACUUGAUGGACAUUGGGAACGAGAUCCAGGAAAGUAUAUCGCGUGCAUAUGAUGUUCCUGAGGACGUGGAUGAAGCGGAGCUGGAUGCGGAAUUGGAGGCGCUGGGAGAAGAGACAAUGUUUGAGAAUUCGAUGGGUGAAAGUGCAAUGCCUAGUUUCCUCCAGGAUGAGGUGGCGCCACCCCAGUUUAUUGACGAGCCCCCAGAGCAAACUAAGGUCAAAGAGCCUGCCAGCGGUCUAGGAUAAUGAUGACCAUGGAGAUACAAGGUUGUUGGAGUUCUUCGUCAUGGGAGCAUGGGAGUUAGGAUCUUUACAUAUUCAUCUUUAGAUUGAUUGGGUGUUGGCGUCCUUUUCAAGGCAUGU